CAACAAAUGCUUCUUACUGUUUUUUCCUGAACAACGCCAGCAUUCAAGUGCCUUCUCCCGCGAAGGAAUCGCCGGUGCUUACCAUUCAAUUGGCCAGUUCUAACAAGAUCUUCGGGCAGUGAAACACUGCUUUCCCCACGAGAGCGGUGGUCUUUCUUGGUAUGCGACUCUAUUUUGCCCGGAAACCCAGAUUUGAAAGGGCGUCCAAACGUGUACCAAGCGUGGUCUGAGUUCAAGAACAAGUUCCGGUAGAGAGUCUCGGUCCAUGUGGUGAACUACUCGUAUGUCGAAAACCUUGCAAUCAUACCUUGUUUUACCAAUACCAGACUGUCAGGAGGGCUUUCCUUACCGAAGCUGAUGAGCAGAAUGAAGUUGUGGGUCGGUUCAAGUCAAGUUUUGAAAGCAAUAGGAUCCACCAGCCUUUCACAUGUUUGAGCAUAUUUAGUUGGAAACUAUGUUUGUAACAAAAUCAAUACAUUCAAGUGUUCUCUACUCCUCUCUUCCAUGGUGGGAAUUAGAAAGGAAAUUGCCAUUGUUAGGGCUAAAAGCAAGCUGCCAUUAACUCAAAUUGGUGCAAAAUUUUCAUCAAGCACAAGGAACUUACUUUGGACCAGAUACCAGCAAGGAUAAUUAAAUCAAAAGAUCAUUCCACUAUUUUUAAAUUAAUAUUUAUUAUAUAUUUUCAACAAAAUUUAUUCAUUUGAAAAGUCCAAGCACAUAUGGUGUCUAUUUCCAAUAAAACUUUAGGCUCCAUUUAAAAAACUCAAAAUUUGAACUGAUUUAUAAAGGAAAAUUUUUUUUUAAGUCAUGUGAAUAUAACCCAUUCAGGGAAUUUUAAUUUGGACCAAUGCUCUAAUGGUACAAAAAAAUGAUUGGAAAUAGAAGAAAAAGGAUUUAGCUUGACUUCAACUAAUUUGCAAUUUCUGAGAGGAUUCCAAAUGAUUAAAGAAAGCAUAGUUUCAAGUGGUUUCUUGGGUGGCAUCAUUGUCCUGUUGAGAUUGUUGGAUCUGCACAUGGGUUUCCUUAUGGCAUCAUUGACCUGUUGAGGUAAGUGUCAAUUUUCUUCUACCCAUAAUGUUAAAAAAAACUACAUGUUAUAGUGAUUUAUUCACAUAAUUCUUUUCAAUAACUUCCAACUGAAAAGAUAUUACAUUUAUCUUCUGGGAGUUUUGCAAAUUCGCUCAUAGCUCUGGAAUUUGUUUCCAUUUUGACCUGUGUCUUGGUGGCUUUGUAUUACCUUUCAUAUGUAAACUUGGGUAUGCCUAUCUGAACUCUUAGUUUUAGAUUAAACUUUCAUAUAUGUCUAACAUUUUAUAUGAAAAAAAAAAAAAUUCAUUAUUAUUGUUAUUCAAAGGCAUAUCAUUCUAUCUUUCCUUCUUUACUGUCAUUUUCUCUUUCUAUGCCUCUAUUGUCAAUGAAUUAUUGAUUCAAAAUGUUGAGAAAUUUUAUUUGAUUUGAUAGAAUUCUGUACAUUAUUUUUCAAUAUGGCCUUGGUUUCUAAUUUUUUUUUUUGCCCAUCUUUUCUUCCCAAGUAUCCAAUUCCACCUUUUGACUUUAUUGUUCUUGGAGUUACCUCAGUGUUAGAGGAUGUGUAUAAACAUAGGUUGGCUCCUAAUUCUCUAAAUAAGAAAGUGAAUUGUAGGCCUUGAAUGUUGUUCUGAAAUUGCUUGGGUAGAAACUAUGAUGAAGUUCAGAGUUGAUUUAGUUGAGAAUAAUUUACUGGACUUCUUGGCUUCUUUAGAAGUUAUCUGAAGAGAGCAUUGGAAUUUCUACCGGUAUUUUCUGUCCCUUUUGGAUCUAUCCUUUUGUACUUCUAAGGCCUCAUUUCUUAAAAAUAUGAACACCAAUUUCUCUUCUGGUCAAUUAUAAGCAUAAAAAUGGUCCAUUGAGAUAGCUCUUACCCGCUUCUCUAUUUGAAAGUGGCUGGGAGCUAACCAGGCAACCGAAGGCUUUGGACCAAGAUUAAUAGAACUUUUUCCAUGAAAAAAGACAACAAUAAUUCUCAGCUUCUGGUGAUGGUUUUAUUUAAUUUAAUACAUGUAGACUAAACAUGCAAGGAUUUUUUCUUUUUCCAGGCUCUGCCUUUUCUCUACACAAGUGGAAGUCAUCAAGUCCACCAAUCUAAGAUUUGUUAACAUGGACACAUUUUUUCCCAGCAUAGUGAUUCCUGUCAUAAGUUCCCUCAGUCUUACGAUGUCAAUUUCUAGAUCAUAUUCCUAUUUUACUACCUCCAUAUUGACAUUGAGAAACAAGGCAACCAAUGUUCAAACAUAACCAUAAUAUCAUUGUAGUUUUGACCAUAGGCUCUGUAUUUUUUUUUUUUUUAAAUUACAAGGGACAAGAAGAAAUGAUAAGGAGGCUAAAUUCCACAUUGCAAUGUUUGAUUGUAAGGGAUAUGUAAGCAAAAUCAAUCAUGGGCAAAUACCAUAAGCAGACAUGGCAAAGGUAGCUAGCUUUCAGCUAGACAGUUUGCUUGAUGGUGGCUCUGGGAGGUAUUAUUUUCCAUUUUACUUGCUACUUAACAUUAUAAAAGGAAAAACAAGAA